CACGCCGUAAAUUCAAUUCAAAACGGCUGCAGGUUCGUAUUGGGUAAUUCACAGCGAACAUUACAUAUAAUAUUUUGCCCAGUCAGUUGUUUGACUGGAUUUGUUCCACCUUGGACGAAAAAAAAAAGCACAUUUCUACCGACUUUUUGCCGAACGUGGCAACGGUGUUCAACGGCAAGUGGUGGAUGCAUACACAGAAUUUACAAACAUCUGGUCUUUGUUAUGGUGCACAGUGAAUUUGUUGCGAGUAUUCAAAAGUGUUUUCAGGUUGUUUUAGCGGCAAUUAUAGCAUUGUUAUCAUUGAUAGACAAUUUUCAAAGACAAUGGGACGUCGGAAGUGCAUUCUUUGUGGAGUUAGCAGUGAAAAAACUGCGGCAACCUUCCACAGGUUUCCUAGUGAUAAGAAAAAACAAGAAGAAUGGUGCACUAUCCUCAAUAUUGACAUAAAUGAUUUACCACUUCAUGCCUUUAUUUGCACAAAUCAUUUUCACAAAAGUGAUUUAAUAGAAGGCAAAAGAACUCAACAAAAGCAUUCAGCAGUUCCAUCAGUAGAGCCUUUGAGGCAAACAGAUGAUUCCAGUGAUGAGGAGAAUGAAAUCAAUCUUGCCCAGGAAAUUGCCCUAAGCCAUUUCAAAUAGUGAACAACUGGAAAGCAGGGAUCUACCUAGAGAACAAAUAAAGUCACCAGAAGUAGCAAGUGUUUACAGAGAACAAAUAAAGUCACCAGAAGUAGCAACAGAAAUGGAUUUUAAACACAUUCAUAGAAGCAAAAGGUGACAAUGAGGAAGAUAACCUCAAAGAAAAUGAUAGUGAUGGUGAACCUCCACGGAAAAGCUUUCAGAAUGAAAACAAAACCUAUUCGAUACUUCGGCGAUAUACGUUAUACUGAUUUGGAAAACCCACUUAAAAGGCCAAUUUGCUGGAAAGUCAUUCAAAACACGUAUAAGAAACAAAGAAAGACAAUUGACUGUUUACUAGCCAAAUGAAGAAGACAAGCAAACAAAAUUUGGCCUCUUCAAGCAUUGACAAACCAUUUGAAGCGAAUAAAUGUGAUAUCGGAGAAUGCGCAACACAUACUUGAUGGCUCCAUUGCAGAAGACAUUUUCAACAAAAUUCAAAGAGGCCGAAAAAAAGAAAAAUAUAGUGCAGAACUGCGUCGUUUUGCGCUAA